AUGCCUCAGACGUGUGUGUGUCAACUGCUUGCAGAUAUUGACGUCCACACGCAGAUCAAGCGACGAGUGUACCGGGCGCUAACAGGUGACGGAAAACGUCUGCCCAUAUUUGGUACCGAUGUCUGCAAUCCGAAUGGAGGCUACGGAUAUCCGAAUAAUAACAACCCUCCUGCAGACCACAUAGAGGUGGACCUGUAUGGUAUAGAGCUUCAUCUUUCUUACCUGAAACGGGUACUGAAGAAGAAACUGCAUCCGCACUACGAGGCGGUGCCUCUAGGAACAUACGACGGACAGCUGGAUAACACCGAUUCUCCUCAAGAUAGCGAGUUAUCAAAAACAUAUGAGAUAACCGACAACUAUUUGGAUAGUUACUCCACCAAUUCCGGCUACAGCGAUGACGUCAGUGUUGGGGUGGGUGCCGUGCCAGCAACAAAGGUGGCAGUAUUAGGCUUGCCCGGAAAGGUGUCUUCUUCCUUCUCGUCCGGGGCGUCAGAAAGAAAAUCAUUCUCCUCCUCGUACUCUAAGAGAGUAUCUGUGAGGAUCCUUCAAAAUAUCGUCAUUGGCGUAGUGGUGGGACCGGGAGAAAAAGCAGCGAUCAACAUGUUUUUGGAAAAAGACAUCUACGUCAUCAAAUGGAGAGCGCAGUUCUUUGCUGCUGGCUACGUCAGAGUCAAGUGGUGUAACCGGUGGGCAACGCUUCACAUCAGCCAGCUGUUAGACCAGCGAGAACGCGAGUUCUUCGCUUUCGGGACAAUAAAAUAUCACGACCGCUACCAGUGGGUUGCCAAGUUGACCGUCUACGAUAAGCACGGAAACCUGCUCGGCAGCCCUCCCCAGACGCCUUUGCCGAACGCUCCGCCGCCGCGUCUCAGCACUAGCGACCUCGUGGUUCCAUCUAUUAACCGUGGAAAUAAGCCGAGCGUGGGGAAGAAACGGUGGUGGAACCAGAGCUCUCGGAAAGAACGCCGUGAUAAAUUGUAUAGCUUUCCUACGAGGGUGUUGCCCACAUCAAACACGCAUCGAAGGAAACAAGACCGCCGCGGUCCUGUUAUAAAAGAAUUGAACGUCUCCUAGUCGCGUUGUCUGCUCCGCACUAUAAUCUAUUGUUGUGUUGUAGAUAAUAAGCGAUGGGCGCGAUGGGCGCGUUGCGAUCCGAACAUCGGGUCUCUGGAGUGUGUCAUGACGCCAACGAGCGGCUUGCUCUCAGAAAAUCUGCUCAAAACUCAUUUAAUACGUUUACAUCAUGUUUGAGAUAUAAUUGGUAUAUAUCAUAGCUGUUUAGUAGAAGUUACUGUAAGAAAGCACGAUUUAUAAUUAACUUAUUGUUUAUGUAACAAAUCGCCGCACUGAAGAACAUUUUAAUAUUUUAUUUAAAUAGCAAUAUUCCACGAGGGACCGUUAUCAUCUGUUGAUGUGUAUAAUUCAUUGUAUUAUUUGCUUCAUAAAAUUAUUUAAUGAUCUAUUCUACAUCCAUUUUUGUCCAUUUUCACAAUUGAAGAUUUGCCAUUUGAUUAUUUGAAUUACAUCUAAACAUUACCAACAUUUGUUUAGACAGUGCUAAUAAUUAACAGCUUAUCUCAACUAACUCGGCGAGGGUUUAUCAACCUGAUUUCACCAGCAUCAUAAACCUGUAGCCACGUACAUUCCCUGUGGAGACAUUGAAUGAUUCAUAUGUCUAUAAAGACUAUAUUAUACUAAAGCACUUACUUAUUUUGUGUGAAAAUGCAUCAUUAAAUAUUUCAAUCAAUCUACUUGUAUAGCCAUCAGCUACAGUUCAGUUAUUCAUGUAUUUAUAAUUACACCAGCAUUAAUAUUAUGUUUCAUACACGUACGCGGUUUGAUGUUACUGUUCAGAAGUCUGCUUUGUUAUUCUCUAAUGUUACAUUUGUAGUUGUCCUCCUGUCAAAUUUCGUUUUUCUUCUAUCGAUUGUCGUCUCCCAUUUUACUAUGUAUAUUUUCAGUUUGUGUUAGUUGCCAUAACUCUAACUGAAUGUUGCUGCCGUGUUUGUAGACAUCGUUGCAGUAAUUUAUGUUCGUACUCGUGUCAUACCUAUACCCAUACACGGACAAUAAUUCACCUUUAUUCUAACGCAUUUGCAAAUGACCUGUUAUGUCUGUUUCGUUCUUUGCAUUCACAUGUUUUGAAGUGCCUGUGAUACAAAUAAAACAAUAGUAUUAUA